CUGCAAGCUCGUUAAAAGGCCCAGUGGCAACUUGCACAUUUUAGCCUUUUGUAGAUAAGCAUGUCCUUCUUCUGCUGUUGUCACCGGCUCCCAGGUACUUCAGGAGAGAGGGAACCUCUUACUGCGCAGUACACAAGGCAACCCUCUCAAAACACUGGUGUCUGCAGUAAGGAGGGAACCCUUGCCAUGAAAGUGGUAAAUGUGCUCGAGAUUGACACACUGUUUUCAGAUAUCACUGAAACUUUCAACAAGCAAUACAGGGAUCACUCUGCCAUGGAGGAAGCUAUCCGAAGGCUGAAAGAGGCUUCUGGCUGUGCUCCCACUAGCAGCCUGACCGACUGUAUAGACAAUAUAAAGCGGGAACAUGGUGCCUGCAAUUUGCAGGUGCACAUGGACGGCUAUAGCUUUUCACUCAUUGUAAAGGAGAAAGAAGUGCCUGCAGACCUGGAGCAGGCCCAACGGCAGGUGUGGGAACUGAAUCGUGCCACAAAGCAUGUCAUUGCUACAGAAACAAAACUCCAGGAAAUGAUCUGUUCAGUGCUUCAGAGCCAGAGUCAGCUGGCAGAGAGAAUGAAGGCUGCAAACCCAGAGUACCUGGACCAGGUACGGCUAGACGCUAAUCUGAGAGAGAAUAUCCAGACCGUGAGCCAGGCCAAAGAGCUCUCCAAGCAGUACGGCAAAGAUGCCAGCAGCGUGCUGAAAGAAAUGGCCCACCUAGCUGGUCUGAUCCUGUAA